UCUGCCGGUGGAUGAAGGCACUGAUUUAAAGAGCCUUGGACUCACAAUGGCUCUGUCAGGAUCAGCGGCAGCGGGCAGAGUGAGACUCAUGCUGCCCACCACUUGGUCUGUUUGGAAGAUGUUGUCAUCGGUCUCGUACCGAAACCUCUCGGGUUCUGCUGCUAUGAAGUACCUCAACGUGCCUUCACCUCCUAGAUCUUUGUACCCAACUUUUCUUGCAGCUCCUUCUGUCACUCUGUGUCAGAAGAGAAAUUAUGCCAAGAGCAAAGAUAAGAAAAGCAAAGAUAAGAAAACAAAAGUCCACUUGUCCGAUGAGGAGAUGUCCGAAGUGUUGAACGUCACACAUAUGCGAAACCAGUUUUCAGAAACGGUGGAAAACCUCAAACAAGAUUAUAUCAAGAACCUCUCUCUUAGAACUUCUGCAGGCAGUAUUGAAAAUCUUUCCGUACAACUGGAGGGGGACGAGUAUCCUCUGAAUGAAGUUGCACAGGUGUCCCGCAAGUCUUCACACAUGUUGGUCAUCAAUGCAUCGGCCUUCCCCCAAGCUUUAACUGGGAUCAUCAAAGCCAUCCAGGAGGCAGGAAUGAAUCUUAACCCACAGCAGGAGGGAACGACACUAUACGUUCCUCUUCCUAAAGUUACAAAGGAGCAUAGAGAAAAUUUAGCAAAAAAUGCAAAAACUUUGUAUAAUCGAUGCAAAGAUCAGCUGAGAGAGACCCAGAACCAGUACAUCCGUAAAGCUAAGAGAAAGGAAGGCCAGGUGUCCGAAGAUCUGAUUCACGAUGUACAACAGAAGGUACGAGAGAUAGCAGAGAGCCACAUGCAGGAAGCUGAGAAAAUGAUGUCAGUGAAGCAGAAAGAAUUACUUAAAACAAACUAGACUGUACAUCCUCGACUCUUUUUAACUGUUAAUAUUAGUUUAUUAAAGAACAUAUACACUGUAUAUUAUACAGAGAUGCCUCAUCAAGUUUAUACUCGCCUGUUGUAAGUUUAGAUAUUUUAAACAAAUAUUUAGUUUAAAAUGCUAAGCAACUUUUACAUAGUGUGGGUGCCCAGUUCCAGCCCAGCCUUCAUUUAUACAGUACAGUGCAGUGGUACAUGUGAUAUUUUAGCUAUAGUAAUUUGAUCUUUUUAGAAACUUUUUGUCCUGAAAUGAAAUAGCACCUCUAUAAGUUGACUGUUUGCAGCAGCUCACAAAAGUAGAAUCUUCCCAUCAUUACAAAACAUUGUUGUAUUUGCAAGAAAGUAAAAAAACAAAUUAAUUAAAGAAAAGACCUUGUGAGUACCCUAAACCACAUUUUCUUUGGGGUAGGUGGAGGGAAGUUGGACAGUGUACAGGGGUCAUGACUAUCAUCGGCCCAAAGACUUAAAGAAAUGGAGAAGAUUAAUAAAAACAACCUUACGAAAUGAGCAACACAUACUGAAUACUGUACAGUGGUCCAAUGAGAUUUGUUUUAGGCCUACUGAGAACUAAGGCACUCGAGUAUGUAAGCAGGCUGGGGCUGAUCAGAUGUUGCUGCAUUCGUCAGGUUU